GGGAGAAAUGUCUGGAAAACGGGCAGUUCUCAACAAGGAUCUCUUUUUCCAGAGAGCGGAGAGGCUUUAUGAGCACUGGGAGAAGGGAGCCGAUGGUCUAGAUUCGAUCAAAUCACUUGCUUUUGUAUACGGAGAGACUGAUAAUCCAUAUACAAAGACCAGCGCACUAUUUACCUGGCUGUUUGGCCACGAAAUCGCUGACACAGUCCUGUUGCUUCUCAAAGAUCACAUUUACAUUCUCGGAAGUAAUCGCAAAGUCGAAUUCUUCGGAUCAGUCACUGGAGACAAUCAGAGCUCAGGAAAAGUGCCAACAGUCAGCACACUGCUCCGCGAUAAAACCGACAAAGACGCUGGAAACUUUGAAAAGCUCAUCGAUCACAUCAAAAGUGCCGGCGGAGAUGUUGGAAAUUUCGUCAAAGAGAAAUUCAGCUCGGAAUUCGUCAGUUCGUGGAAUAAGGCGCUCGAGGAAGGCGGUGUCAAUAAGAAUGACGUCACUCUCGCGUUUACUCAUCUGUUCGCAGUGAAAGACGAUAAGGAGAUGGAUUUGAUUCGAAAAUCAGCACAAGCUACAACCGCAUCAUGGACAGCUGCAAGAGCUCGCUACGUAGAGAUCAUUGAUCAAGAAAAGCGAGUCCGUCACUCUGUUCUCUCCAAUGAGUUUGCCGCCUUCAUGAAGGAUUCAAAAGUACAACAGGCACUGGCCAAGUAUGAAGCCGACACAUGCUAUGAUCCAAUCGUAAUGUCCGGUGGAAAUUACUCGUUCAAAUGGAAUCAUGAAAGCUCGGAAUCUCAUCUUCACAGCCAGUUUGGAACGAUCAUCACUUCGUUCGGAGCUCGUUUAUCAGAAUAUUGCACAAAUUUGACGCGAACUAUGCUCAUCUUCCCAUCUUCUGAACUUGAGACUGCCUAUGAAGCGAUUCUUGCCGCCGAGCUGGCAGUAAUUGCUGCUCUGAAGCCAGGAGCCAAGCUGAGCGAUGUUUAUAAAAUUGGAAUCGAUACAUUGACGGAGAAAAGUCCAAAACUUGCUGAAACUCUGAACAAGAAAGAGCUUGGAUUUGCGACUGGAAUCGAAUUCCGUGAGAGUCGUCUUGCUAUCAGUGCGAAGUGUGACGAGGUUGUCAAAGCAGGAAUGGUCUUCAUCGUUUAUAUUGGUGUCGAUAGUAUUCCAAACAAAAAUAAAGGAGAAAAAGGAAAACCCGCCGCAAUUGCAAUCUCGGAUACAAUUUUGGUUAAAGAAGAAGGCGAUAACGAGAUUCUCACCGAAAAAGCCAAAUCACGCCUGAAGUCCAACGUCAUCAAAUUCAAAGAGGAGCAGGAAAACCGUGAAGCUGAAAAGGACAAUGAUCAGAAGAAAAUGCUCGGAAGAGGUCAGAGAAGUGUCGUUCUAACUGAUCAGACGAGAAAUAAGACGACAAACGAAGAGUUACGUAAGGAACGUCAGAAAGAGCUCGGAGUUCAGUUGAAUGAGCUCGCAAAAGCUCGUCUUUCAAAGCAAGGCGGUGGGACCGAUGAGAAAAAGUCGAAGAAAUCGAAUGUGUCAUAUAAAACCGAAGAGAGAUUCCCACAAGAUGCAGACGUUCAGAAGAUGUUGAUUUUCGUGGAUCGCAAGUAUGAUUCUGUGGUUGUUCCAAUAUUUGGAAUUCCUGUCCCAUUCCAUAUCUCCAUGAUAAAGAAUUGUUCGCAAUCAGUUGAAGGAGAUUUCACAUAUCUUCGAAUCAACUUUGCCACUCCAGGAUCUCAAGUUGGAAAGGAUAGUGGGCAAUUCCCACAUCCACUUGCACACUAUAUGAAGGAGCUCACGUUCCGUGCGAGUAACAUCAAGGAUCAUCACAGUGAUUCGACUGCGCCGAGCCAUAAUUUGAGCACCGCAUUCCGACUCAUCAAGGAAAUGCAGAAGAGAUUCAAGACUGAAGAGGCUGAAGAGCGGGAGAAGGAAGGAGCUGUGAAGCAGGACAAAUUGAUUUUGAGCCAGAACAAAUUGAAUCCGAAGCUCAAGGAUCUUCUGAUUCGUCCGAAUAUUAUUCAAAAGCGUAUCACUGGAUCGUUGGAGGCCCACACUAAUGGAUUUAGAUACACAUCUCUUCGUGGUGAUCGUAUUGAUGUUCUCUACAACAACAUCAAACAUGCAUUCUUCCAACCGUGCGACAAUGAAAUGAUCAUCCUUCUGCACUUCCAUCUCAAGAAUCCAGUAUUGUGGGGAAAGAAGAAGUAUAAGGAUGUUCAAUUCUACACAGAAGUCGGAGAAAUCACUACGGAUCUUGGAAAGUAUCAUCAUAUGCAAGAUCGUGAUGAUAUGCAGAGUGAACAGCAAGAACGUGAAAUGCGUCGUCGUCUCAAUGCUGCAUUUAAUAGUUUCUGCGAGAAGGUGUCUCGUCUCACAAAUGAUCAAUUUGAAUUCGAUUCUCCGUUCGCUGGACUCGGAUUCUUUGGAGUUCCGUAUCGUUCGGCUACCACACUCAAACCAACUGCAUCGUGCCUUGUUAAUCUCACCGAAUGGCCUACAUUCAUCGUCACACUCUCCGAAGUUGAACUUGUCCACUUUGAACGUGUCUCUCUUCAACUCAAGAAUUUCGAUAUGGUCUUCAUCUUCAAAGAUUACAAGAUCAAACCUCAGAUGGUCGCCCAAAUCCCGAUGAGCAGCAUCGAUAAGAUAAAAGAAUGGCUUCAUACUUGUGAUAUUUGGUACAGUGAAGGAAUUCAAUCACUGAAUUGGGCAAAAGUUAUGAAGACAAUCACUGAUGAUCUUGAAGCAUUCUUUGAAGAAGGUGGAUGGAGUUUCCUUAAUGUUGAAUCUGAUAAUGAAGAGGCAAUGGAUGAUUCUGAUGAUUCGGAUGCUUAUGAUCCUGAAGAAGAAGAUGCAUCUGCUGGAUCAGGAAGUGAAAGUGAUGAAGAUGAAAGUGAAGGUGAAGAGACUGAAUCCGAUGAUGAUGAUGAAGGAUCGUUGGAUUCCGAUGAAUCAGAAGGAAAAGAUUGGUCAGAUUUGGAGGAAGAAGCAGCGAAUGCUGAUAAGAGACGUGAAGUCGAAGAACCUUCACGUGAUCGUGAUCGUAAGAGACCACAUUCGAGCAAGUCUGGACCAUCGCACAAACGCAGAAAGUAAAUCCUGUUUGUAUAAUUUCCUCCGUUUUAUUCUUUUGUUUUGUUUUUCAACUAUUUAAAUCCCCAAGAAUUUUCUUCGCAUCUCAAUCAAUCAAUCCGUCCCGUUACACCCCCCAUUUUACAACAAUUUUACAACUAAAAUCUGUCAAUCCCCUUAUUUUUCUUUCCCACUCAAAAUUUGAGUCGAUGCUAAAAUAUUUUUGAUUUCAAAAUCAAUUAAUGUCAAAUGAAGUUUCAUGGAGGCACGUUUUU